GCGGCUCCCGCUCCCGCCGAAGAGGGUGAGUGCGGAGCCCACGGCGGAGACUCACGGUUGUGGGUCUCGGAGGCCCCCGCAGGAGCAGCCCAGGACUGCGUGGUGAGGCCCCUUCGGCCUGAGGGGUAGGGCCGGCCUCUGCCCCUGCGGGGCCCGGGCCACCGAGCUCCAGGUGCACCCCUUGUCAGCCCCGGGAGCCAGGCCGCGGUGAGAACACCGAGAGCUGAGACUGUCCCCCGACGCGGUUCUUCCAGCUGCCCCAGAGGGCGCCGAGGGCGAGUCACCGCCCGGAGCAGCGAGGGACGGGGACUUGGGGCGGCGGCCCCGGGCCCGAGGGGUCCGUGAGGGGCCGAAGGCCCUGGGAGUCGCUCGGACCCUGGGUUCCUCCCCGUGGGCUUUGCCCCGGCACCGCGCAUCCCAGUCCCGGGACAUGCCGCCAGCGUGGAGGGAACCUGCCCCUCGGAGGUCUCGGGGGAUGCGGGACCCGAGUCGGCGGUCUCCCUGCCCUCUGUAUAUCCGCGUCUCGGCCCCGCCUUCUGGUUUCCGAUUCCACGCGACGCUGGCGUGGGCUACGCCUGACCCGUCUCUCCGCAAGAAUGGGGAGGCCAGCCCCGUGCAGAUUUCUACUUGAGGAAAAUUUUUUGUCUCUGCUUCCUCUGGAUUCUGCCUCUCCCCUAGAAAGGACCCCACAGGAAGGAAGGAGAAGACAAUGGCUGCUGGGCCUCUGCCAUUGGGAGCUCAGGAAAUCAACUUUCCAAAGCAAAUGUGAUUUCCCAGCCGGAACAAGGAGAAGCGAGCCUGAUGACAAAAGAACUCCCCAGUGUGUCUUUCCAGACUGGGAGACACGACUUGAAACCAAAGAGUCAACUCCAAAGCCCAGCGUUACUGAAGAUUUAUCCCAUGGGGUAAUAAUGGAAAGGGAAGGUCUCUGGCAUUCUACUUUAGAGGAAACCUGGGAGCCUGAUAAUUGGUUAGAGGGGCAACAAGAAAAACAAGAUAGACAUCUGGGCCAAGUGGCAGUUACCCAUAAGGAAACCCUCACUGAGAGGAGGGUAUGUGGAGGUAAUGAAUUUGAAAGAUUUUCCAGUCGGGGUUCAAUCCUUGAUACACAAUCAAGCAUUCGUAUGGCAAAAAGGCCCCAUAAUUGGAAUGCACGUGGAAAAGAUGCCAAACAAAAUUAUGAGUUAACUAAAACUCAAAGAAUGUUUGUAGAAAAGAAAAUCUAUGAAUGUAAUGAGUGCAGGAAAACCUUCAGCCAGAGCUCAUCCCUUCUUAAGCACCACAGGAUUCAUACUGGGGAGAAACCCUAUAAGUGUAAUGUGUGUGGGAAGCACUUCAUUGAACGCUCCUCACUUACUGUACAUCAAAGAAUUCAUACUGGAGAGAAACCCUACAAAUGUAAUGAAUGUGGAAAAUCCUUCAGUCAGAGCAUGAAUCUUACUGUUCAUCAAAGAACACAUACUGGAGAGAAACCCUAUCAGUGUAAAGAGUGUGGAAAAGCCUUCCGUAAAAAUUCAUCUCUUAUUCAACAUGAAAGGAUUCAUACUGGAGAAAAACCCUACAAAUGUAAUGAAUGUGGGAAAGCUUUUACCCAAAGCAUGAAUUUGACAGUGCACCGGAGAACACAUACAGGAGAAAAACCCUAUGAAUGUAAUGAAUGUGGAAAAGCCUUCAGUCAAAGCAUGCAUCUUAUUGUACAUCAGAGAAGUCAUACUGGAGAAAAACCCUAUGAAUGUAGUGAAUGUGGAAAAGCCUUUAGUAAGAGCUCAACUCUUACCCUACAUCAGCGAAAUCACACUGGAGAAAAACCCUACAAAUGUAACAGAUGUGGGAAAUCCUUUAGCCAAAGUACAUACCUUAUAGAACAUCAGAGACUUCAUUCUGGAGUAAAACCUUUUGAAUGUAAUCAGUGUGGAAAAGCUUUCAGUAAGAAUUCAUCUCUUACUCAACAUCGGAGAAUUCAUACUGGAGAAAAACCUUACGAGUGCAUAGUAUGUGGAAAACAUUUCACUGGACGAUCAUCCCUUACUGUACAUCAGGUUAUUCACACUGGAGAGAAACCUUAUGAAUGCAAUGAAUGUGGAAAGGCAUUCAGCCAGACCGCAUACCUUAUUGAGCAUCAAAGAAUUCAUACUGGUGAGAAACCGUAUGAAUGUGAUCAGUGUGGAAAAGCCUUCAUUAAGAAUUCAUCCCUUACAGUACAUCAGAGAACUCACACAGGAGAGAAACCCUAUCAAUGUAAUGAAUGUGGAAAAGCCUUCAGCCGGAGUACAAACCUUACACGACAUCAAAGAACUCAUACGUAAGGGAAGUUCUCAUUGGCUCCUUCAGCAUGAUUAACUUUUAGUAAUAAUCAGAUAAGUCACGCAAUGUAGAAACCUAAUAAAUGUAAUGAUUGUUAGAAUCUUUUAGUUAAAGUACAAUAUACCAUAUCAGAUAUAUACCACACGGACCACUGCAGAGAAAUCAUAUAAAAGUGGAUAAAUCUUAAUUUAGAAGAUAAAAUUUACUUUAUAUCAGAAGAUUGAAGUAGCUAAUGUUAUAAACAGUGAAGAUUCAUGCUGAAGAUAAGUUCUGUUAUAUCCUACUGCAGAUUCUGCUUUGGAUAUCAGAGACUUGACACUGGAGAGAAAAUGUGAGAGCGUUUAACUGGACAGCCCCAAAAGACGUGGUAUGUAGUUCUGAUCUGUCACUAACUGGAUAAGUCACCUACUUUCACCAGGUCACAAUUUCCUUAUCUGCUAAAUGAGUGACUUUGGAUUUAGAAGGUUUGCAGGAUCCCUAUUAGCUGUAAGUGCCACAAACCUGUAAAUAUAAUGAAUGCUAGGAAA